AAUUUGUACUACCUCGCCAUUUAUAUUGACGAACACACACGAGAGUUGGGAAGUGUUUUUCUCAAGGGAUAUUUACCAGAUAUUCCAAGUGAUAUUAGUGGGUGCUUUAAGUGUAAAUUAAGUGACACAUUCUGAGGAAUAAAAUGCCACGAAGAGGACGUUCAGCAAGCCCUCCACCAGCCCCCCAGAGACGGGCUGCAUCUCCGCCACCAGCUCAGCGACCACCAGUUCCGGUUGCUCCACCGCCAACUGCUAUGGCUCCCCAUGCAGCUGCCCCUCAGCAACCGUCAAUGUUCCAGCAAAUGGCCGCAACAGCCGGAGGUGUCGCUGUGGGAUCAGCUGUUGGCCAUACCGUCGGACAUGCCUUGACUGGGAUGUUCAGCGGAGGAUCAGACAAGGAAGUGGCUCAGCAGCAAGCAGUACCCCAGCAACCAGCUGUAAAUGGAUAUUCCUCUGCACCUAGUCAACAAAAUUCCGGACCAUGCAGCUUCGAAAUUGAGCAAUUCUUGCAAUGUGCCCAAGGACAGGCUGAUCUCAGCGUCUGCGAGGGAUUCAACGAAGCCCUAAGGCAGUGCAAGACACGCUACAACAUUGCUCAGUAAUCUGGCCCCAAAAAUCAAUAUCUCCCAUCCCUCAAAAAUUCGUAGUUGGCCAAACUUAGCCUCUCCUCGGGAAUCUUAUUCAGGUUGGUCAGGAAGUGUCUGGAAAUCAAAGAUUGUGUGCAUAUUGUGAAAAUUUCAAGUGGAAUAGAAUAAAUAAUUAAUAAUUACA